AUUCUGAUUGCAUCUGUCAGAUUCUGUUGAUACUCAUUUCCCAACUUGCCGAAAUUUGCAUCAUUUUCAUAGAGGAAAUAAUAUUUACCGUCUUUACGGUUUACGAAUUGUUAGGGUAAAAAGUUCCCGAUAGUAACAUGGUGGUCCGUGAGUACAACGAGGAGCUCAAAUACAUCGAGCGUUUAUCGCCGAAUAGCUUCCGCAUAAAGAAGGGCUUUCAGCCGAACAUGAAUGUAGAGGGGAUCUUCUACGCGAACAGCCGGCUGGAGAAGCUAAUGUUCGAUGAGCUGCGCAACUCAUGCCGACCCGGCAUGACCGGUGGUUUUCUACCCGGUGUCAAACAAAUAGCGAACGUUGCGGCACUGCCCGGUAUCGUAGGAAGAUCGGUUGGUCUUCCGGAUAUUCACUCUGGGUAUGGUUUCGCUAUUGGGAACAUGGCUGCUUUUGAUAUGGGUGAUCCCGCUUCGAUCGUAUCGCCAGGAGGUGUCGGUUUUGACAUCAACUGCGGUGUGCGAUUGUUACGCACGAAUCUUUUUGAAAAGGAUGUUAAACCGGUGCAGGAGAAGUUGGCUCAGAGUUUGUUCGAUCACAUCCCAGUGGGAGUCGGUUCGAAGGGAAUCAUUCCAAUGAAUGCACACGAUUUGGAAGAGGCGCUGGAAAUGGGAAUGGAUUGGUCACUGCGGGAGGGUUACGUGUGGGCUGAAGAUAAGGAACAUUGUGAAGAAUACGGCAGAAUGUUGAACGCUGAUCCAAGUAAGGUUAGCAUGAGAGCGAAAAAGCGAGGUCUCCCGCAGCUUGGUACGCUAGGUGCUGGAAAUCACUACGCGGAGAUUCAAAUUGUUGAAGAAAUCUACGAUAAAUAUGCUGCCAGCAAGAUGGGAAUCGAAGAGUUGGGACAAGUUUGCGUAAUGAUUCAUUCUGGCAGUCGUGGUUUUGGCCAUCAAGUAGCAACGGAUGCAUUGGUGGAGAUGGAGAAGGCCAUGAAGCGAGACAAAAUCGAAACUAAUGACCGACAGUUGGCUUGCGCUAGAAUUAAUUCCACCGAAGGACAGAAUUAUUUGAAAGCAAUGUCUGCUGCUGCUAAUUUUGCUUGGGUUAAUCGUAGCUCCAUGACAUUCCUUACUAGACAAGCUUUUGCCAAGCAAUUCAACACAACUCCGGAUGACUUGGAUAUGCAUGUGAUUUACGAUGUAUCGCACAACGUUGCCAAAAUGGAAGAGCACAUAGUGGACGGUCGUCCCAAGCAGUUGCUGAUUCACCGAAAGGGGUCGACUCGUGCUUUUCCACCGCAUCAUCCGCUCAUCCCGGUAGAUUAUCAGCUGACCGGUCAGCCUGUUUUGGUUGGCGGUUCCAUGGGUACGUGCAGCUUUGUACUCACAGGAACUGAGAAGGGUAUGGCGGAAACGUUCGGAUCAACCUGUCAUGGUGCAGGUCGUAGUUUGUCUCGAGCUAAGUCCCGAAGAAAUUUGGAUUACAAGGAUGUGCUGAGAGAUUUAGAAGCGAAGGGUAUUUCGAUUCGGGUAGCCUCGCCAAAGCUGGUGCAGGAGGAGGCACCCGACUCGUACAAGGAUGUCCGAGAUGUGGUACAAACGUGUCAUGAUGUUGGGAUAAGUGCUAAGUGUAUCAAGCUAAGACCAAUAGCAGUUAUCAAGGGUUGAUGGACGAGUUGUUUGGCCUAAAUUGUUUGUGACUAAAUUGCAUUUCGUCGUUUUAUAACAUUAAUUAUGAACAACAUAAUCGUGAAAUAAAAUAUGUUUCCAGACAAACAACGAUCUUUAAAAUCGCAGUGAGAGAUAUUUUUUUUAUCUCCAUUAUUCUUCACUAAAACAGUAUGCCAUGGAUCAAGCACCAGGGCACUCUACCGACAAUUUGGCUAACCGGUUAGACACAUCGCUAGUCGCGUUCCCAACCAUAUGUUCUUUAUGUUCCACACUAAUUCACUAAUUUCACUGUUCGAUUCCCCAUAUAACCGGACAGCUUCGUUUGCUCCAUCCUCGACCUAGUUCUAAGUCUCGACCGAUCCGAGUCGGCCGCCGACCCGUAAGCACAAGGCGAAUCCUAUGCUACAUAAAUAUUCAAUAUAUGCUGUAAAGAAAAAGAUAUAUAAUCAUUAAUACGAGAACAAAGGGGACCAGCAAGCAUGGCCGUUCCCGACUCCGAGAGCGAAAACCAAACCAUAAGUGGAGUGGGAUGGGAACCGAUUGCCUGGUUAUUUUGAAACAUAGGAGAUCCAUCCUUUAGUCAAUCAUUUUUUUUGGAAAGCUCAACAAAGUUUCACGUACAGUAAUGUCGUGUCGUGGUAUGAGUUUUUUUUAAACUUUAAUACUUUGUAAAAUUGCAACUAUUAAGGAAAAGUAAUAUAAAAAAUGAAAUCUACAUGCAAUUCUACGUGAAAAACUAUUUAUAACGUUUCAUCCUAGGACUAACCGUUCUCGAGAUAUAACCAAUUUAAUAUAAGGUAAAUGAUUUUGGUUUGUCCAGUCGAAAAUAUGAUCAUGGUUUGUCCACUUUUUUUAAUUCUCUAAUUCAGCUCACCUUUGUCAAAUCAGGCAUUCGAAUGUUUCACAACAUACUAGCUGACCCUAGCUGAAAUUAUACCUUUAUACAACAACGAACAUAAAUAACAUAAAGUUUGGUGCUCUUGCAUCAUUCGCGUUUCUUGUAUUAUAUCUAUGAACAUCACUUCCCCUUUCAAUUUGAUCACACAAAUAUCGAGGCAGCAUACCGUUUAAAAUUUUAAAGAUGAACACCAUUGUCAAGUAAUAAAU